AAUCUUAAAGCCCACCAUCCUUGAGGUUAUUGUUACAUUCUUACUAAUUAUCUCAGUUGAAAUCAAUUUCGAAAUAUGGAAAAAGCUAUUCCUAAAUGGUGUGCCUUAUUCUAUGUAUUAUUUGUGAUUGUCGAUGGAGCAACUCUUCCCAAGAGUUUAAUUCAUUCGAGGAGAGCGUUUGAUAAACUAGAAGACGACGCUUCUUUUUGGUCCCAUUUCGACAAACCGUCAAGUGCAAACUUCGAAGACGACGGUCUUCACGCGAGAGUAAAAGCACUUGAUGCCGACAAGAAUUUCGAUGUAACAUGCGUCGUGGAAGGUAAACUCUGCCAGAAUAAUGAAGAAUGUGCUCGGAUAUGUGAGACUAAAGGUAGAGGUUUGUGUAGUAACAAUGUGUGCAUCCGUGAUGAAAAUGUGCCACCUUCAAGAGACAUGAAAAAGAAAAGUCGUAUUUCAGGCUUGAGUAGAUGGUCAUAUCCAUGAAAUGAAUGCUUCAGCGGGAUGAACUACACCAAGAAUGAUGAACAUCGUGCUAGUACAUUGAUUGAUUACAUAUACUUUUCCAUAUAUGUCCGUAGUCUAUCAACGAAUUAUUAAGGGAAAAAUCCCAUUUUUCAUAAUCAGAUCUCAAGAUGACCUGCAUAGUGCACACAUACAAUUCACAUGUAAAUAGAUGUCUAGUCUCCUAUAAGGAUAUGGCGUUUGCAUUCUUUAUAUUGUUUAGCAUAAAAGCACAUCGUUAAUAAUUUAAAGGGAAAAUGUUCCCAAAGACACGGA